AUGGCUCGAAGCAGAGCAUCAAGCACCGACACGGGACAAAACCCCGACCUCGGUAACUCGGAAGAGCGUCUCACGAAUCAGACAAGGCCCGCAUCAAGCCGUCGCGAUGCAGCCGGUAGCCGCCCAAAUACAGGUAGAAGCCAGCAACCCGGCGGUGCGACCGCGACGAGCAACCGCGGCAGUCAGCGGCCAGGUGCCUCUACGAGGUCACGAAGCUACGAAGGAAGCACGCCCAGCAAACAGGGCAUCGAAGCCACGGACUGGGAGCAGAAGAACAGCAGGAAUGUUCACCGCAGCCCUCCCAGGAACCCGCCGGGCGCCGAUGCACGAUGGGUCGACCAGGCCUACCGCGACGCGAACCCGUGGUACUCCCAAGCGGACAAGAAGCCGAUCUUCAGUUUGGGCCGGCCUCUACCACGCACCGUCCGCUGGAACAGCCAAAACAAACAGGCGGACGCCGGCACCCAGGCCGCCCGGGGCGCCCCCAGCAAGUCCAAAGAGGACCUGGCCGAGCUAGGCGAGGUGGACUCAGACGAUGCGAUCUCGCCGGACCUCGAGAAGCAGGCCACGACGCAGUCGCGCCAACCGGAGGCGGCCCGCCACACGACUGAUGGCACGUCGCAUGGCGAUAAGUUUAACGACGUCGGGCAGCCUGUGUUCAACUACAUGCCGGGCGGGAGCAACACCAACGUCAGCGCCGCCAUGAGUCGGCGGGGGACCAACGAGUCGCAUGCGCGCCAGACGAAGAACAAGACCGACGAGGAGGGCGAGGGGGAGAAGCCGGAUUAUGGGAUUGAUAGCGAGCCGCUGGGCCAGCGCGAGGCGGACGCUGUCGAGCAGACUGAUCGGGAUCCGGAUGAGUUUCGGAACUGGUGGGCGCGGCUGCGGGCGAGGCAUCCGGAGCCGUUGGCUGAGUUUCUGGCUACUGGUGUAGCGGUGUUCCUGGGUCUGGCUGGCACGCUCUCGGUGAACUUGUCUGCCAACCAACCUAGUCCGUACGGCACUUACGAGACGUCGUGCUGGGCUUGGGGAUUUGCUUGGAUGUUCGGCAUCUACCUCGGCGGCGGCGUCUCAGGCGCACACAUGAACCCAGCCAUCAGCGUGUCCCUCUCGCUCUUCCGCGGGUUCCCCUGGAAGCAAUGCUUAUACUACGUGGUGGCACAGUUCAUAGCCAGCUUCGUGGCAGGAGGCCUGGCGUACGGUUGCUUCGCCGACACGAUCCGGUCCGUGGAUCCGACGAUGUCGAACACGGCGCUGUCGUUCUUCUCGACGCCCCCGGACUGGGUCUCGCUGGGCACGGCCUUCCUGAACCAGAUGGUCGGAAGUGCCAUCAUGAUGAUUGCCGUCUUUGCGCUGGGCGACGACCAGAACAACCCGCCGGGCGCGGGCAUGCAUGCCUUCGUCCUCGGCCUCCUGGUCACGACGCUCAAGAUGACGCUCGGCUUCAACAUCGGGUCGGCGCUGAACCCGGCCUCGGACUUCGGGCCCCGGGUCAUCGCGUACGCGAGUGGCUACCACGGCUCCGAGGUGUUCUCCACGAACUGGUGGUUGUACGGGCCCUGGCUGGCCACGCUGGCGGGCUCGGUGGUUGGAUGCUCGGUGUAUGACGGCUUCAUCUUCACGGGUUCGGAGUCGCCUAUCAACUACCGUGUGCCGCAACACUAUAGGAACCGGGCUAAGAAGAUGCUGAACUUGAAGACGGAUCAGUAG